AUGGGCAUCUUCGACAACAAUGGCAAGGGCAGGGGCACCCCCGGCGCCUCGUCCUUCCGUGCUCCCCCUCCUCCUCCACCGCCGGUGCGUUUUUGCCCUGAACGUCGGUGCCUGCACAUCCCGUUCCAUGGAGCCAGCGGGCGCACGACGACGAUGACGAGGUGCUGGCGCCGCGCACAGCUCACGCCGGAGCAGCGACGACUGCCCGAGUACGCCGCCGACUCUCCCAACUGGGAGGCUUGGUUCGCCCUCGAACACGAGGAGCAACGACGCUCGGGUGUCGAUGCCGUCCCACCGCUGUUCCCACCGCCGCCCCCGCAGGAGCAGGCCGACAGCAAGCAGCAUAUGCGCUACGAGGCCAUGCUCCAGCGCGAUGCGGAGGCGCUCCGGCUCGAGGAGGAGGAGGAGGAGCGCGCGCGGCUAGCCGCAAUGCCGCCACCCCAGCAGACGCCGGAGGAGGCUACCUUGGCAGCGUACCAGGCGGCGUUCAGGUGGGCAGGCCCUGCUCCCGUCUUCAUCGACCUCACCGGCGAUGGCGACGGCGGCGUCGACGCCAAGGGCAAGUGCAAGGCCGACGACAUUUAG